UGUCUGAACCAAUCUCUCCUCUUCUCUCUCUCCAUUGAUAGAGAAUAAAAAACAGAGUUUCUUUCUCUCUCUUUUUAAAGAUCUUGGACAGAUACAUAAACUGAAACUUACAACUAUUGAGAACCCAUAUCUCCUAAUAUCUUGCUGUACAAAUAAUCUAUAUUUGCAAGGUGUGAAGGAAUGCUGUGGAGUACAGUUAAUAAAGAACGAGUCGUAACGGCGGAGUAGGAACGAUUUAGGUUGCUAUUAUUAGUUAAUCCAGGAUCCAAGAUCCGUUAUCCGAUCAGAUUUCAUAUUCAGACAAAACCCUAAAGAUAUUCUGAAGAAACUGUUUGAAACUCAUUUGAUUUCCAAGAUCUAUUGCCUCGAUAUCAGUUUCAUUCUCGCGGUUCUUACAGUAAGAAACAAGAACCUGAAAAAUGGGUGCGCAGAUUAUACUCUGUGACGGCUUCGAGGUGGUGUCUCCGCCGGAGAUGAGCGACCUAAUACUCUUCGGAAGCGACCAAUCAAGUGGCUCAACCUGCGGUGAAUCAACGGUCACCACCGAAGAAGACGGCACUGUGUUUUCAGGAGAUAGUUCGCCGGGAGGUGCUGCUGAAGAAGAAUGGCCUGAAGCUAAUAAGCCUUUCUCGUUCUACUUCGUUAAGCGACCGGCUUACGAUGAUUUCGAGAUCAAAGCCAAGAUCAACGAAGCUGAUUCAGAGAUCUACCAGUAUAAUAAACUCCGGAUUGAUAUCUCAAAUGCUCAGAAAACCGAAAGGGCUGAGAUUUCGUCUUUGUAUGCUAAAUUGGAGAGUUUGGGUCCAAAAUCAGAAGGAUAUAAAAUGGUUUUCGAGGAGAAGAAGAAGGAGUUUGAUGCUCUGCUGGAAGCUCUACGUAAUCAACGGUGCUCUAGCACAGACCAGCUUUGCUUUUCAAUGGACGAACUCAACCAUCUUAUUUACAUAGCACACUACGUGAUUGAACAUGGAAGCAUUGGUUUGGAGGAAGAACACUGGGUGCUUAAAGAGACAGAUAAGUCUAACGAGAUAGUAUCAAAUGAGGAUUCUCUUGUGCAGAAAGAAGCUUCCAUAGACCGUCUCAAGUUAAUGGCUGUGGAACUGAAUGAAGUAAAGAAGGAGCUUGAAGCCACUACAUGGAACAUUAACCGCUUGAGUGAAAAACUGGGACAGAUUCAGAACAAGAUGAUGAUGUUGGAUGUGGAAAUGGCGCACGUACUUGAGCUGAGAGACAGAUCAUAUGAAAGGAUUAAAAUGCUGAGGAUACAACGAGACAAAGGGAAUGCUGCGUAUUUCCAGAGCCUUGCUGUUAUGAGGAAAGCUAAAGAACUAGCUGCUUCUGGAAACGUUAGAGAUCUUGAAGUGUUCUCUAGCUCCGAGGUUGAUAGAUUCAUGACUAGUUGGAACAAUGACAAGGCUUAUAGAGAUGAUUACGUGAAAAGAAUCUCUCUUUCACUCUAUGAAAGAGAGCUGAGUUUAGAUGGACGGAUUAGAGAUCAAGAAAGCAAAGCUCAGGUUGUUCAAGAAAAGCAAGCUUUAGUGAAGAAUAAAAAAGAAGGAAUGGUGGUAAUGCACAAGAGGCAUAGAGAAGACUCCGGCUCCAACUCGUCUCAAGAUGGAACUGUAAUCACUGCUAAACAAAAGAAAGAAGUGAGGAAGAAGGUGAUAGAUUUCAACAGGUCAAGUGAUGAAGAGAGUGUAGUUACAGAUUUGGAGUUCCCGGUGUAUGAGAACCCGAAAAAGCAAGAAGAAGAGGUUGAUGAAGAGACUAUGAAGGAGAUGAAACGAGAAGAGCAGCUAGAGAAAGCUAAGUUAGCAAUGGAAAGGAAGAAGAAGCUACAAGAGAAAGCUGCUGCUAAAGCUGCUUUAAGAGCUCAAAAGGAAGCUGAAAAGAAACUCAAGGCAAAUUACAUAAUAUAUCAUAAUCUCUUUCUAUUCAUUUAUUCUGUUUUUUUCUUUUUUAACUCUUUAUUUUGUUUUCAGGAGUGUGAGAAGAAAGCUAAGAAGAAAGCUGCAGCAAACUCUUCUGAACUAGACAAAUCACAAGAAGUAAGCAAUGAGCUGGAAGAGGUUAGGAGUUUAGCAGUCUCAGGGAAAGAGAAGCAGAGAUCAAUGUUUCCAAAGAAGAGAAGUUUCAGGUACAAACACCGUGGAAGAGGAACUGAAGCUCUCCCUAAAGCCAUUCUAAACCGUAGAAGAGCACAUCAAUACUGGGUUUGGGGAGUUUCAUCUGCUGCACUUGCUCUCGCUCUCUCCCUUGGCGUUUUACUUUUACGGUGAACUGAAGAAGGAAAUGCACACUAAAAGGGUUUUGACUUUACCUGAUUGGAAGGAGGAGCUGCUUAAUAGACUUUCAAAGUUAGCUUAUAGUGUCAUACCCUUAGAUGUUAGUUGAUAUGUUUCUUUUAUUGUGGUCUGAAAAAACAAGAAGCAUUCACUAUAUAGUGAACACUAUGGAUUGAAAAUCCACUUUAUAGUUACAGUCAAGAGACUUGAUUGAUUACAUCUCCUGAGAAAUUACAAAUAAUAUCAA